CAUUUUUUUGUCAGAUCCAAGAGAGAAACUAAGAAGAUCUUGAAACGAUGCCGUACUACACCAGAGACGAGGAUGAAGUCGACGAUUUCGACGAGUUCGAUCCGACGCCGUACAGCGGCGGUUACGACAUCACAGUGAUCUACGGCCGUCCGAUCCCUCCAAGCGACGACACUUGCUACCCUCUCUCCUCCGCAGCCGACGGGGAUUUCGAGUACGAGAGACCUGAAUUCACCUCGUACCACGAUCCUUCCGCCUACGCCGAAGAGGCUCUCCAGACCGAGUACAGCAGCUACUCCCGCCCCAAGCCCCGCCCCGGAUUUCGCCCCGGUUCAGCCGGAGGCGGCCACGUCCAGGGCGAAAGGCCCGAUCCCGGUUACGGAUCCGGUUACGGUGGUCAGACGGAGGCUGAGUACGGCAGGAGACCUGAAUCGGGGUACGGCGGAGCGACGGAGACGGAGUAUGGCCGGAGACCUGAGCAGAGUUACGGAUCUGGUGGCUAUGGAGGUAGAUCGGAGGUUGAAUCUGGUGGUUACGGUGGAAGAACGGAGGUUGAGUAUGGCCGGAGACCUGAAUCUGGAUACGGUGGGAGAUCGGAGGUCGAAUCUGGCGGUUACGGUGGCAGAUCGGAGUCUGAGUCUGGUGGUUACGGUGGAAGAACGGAGGUUGAGUAUGGCAGGAGGCCUGAAUCCGGAUAUGGUGGGAGAUCGGAGACGGAGACCGAGUAUGAGCGUAAGCCUAGCUAUGGGAGGUCUGAGGAGGAAGAGGAAGGAGGUUACAGGAAGCCUAGCUAUGGGAGAUCUGAGGAUCAGGUUGACAGCUACAUAAAGCCUAGCAGCUAUGGAAGAUCUGAGGAAGAGGAAGAGGGAGGCUAUAGGAAGCCUAGCUAUGGAAGAUCUGAGGAACAGGAGGAAGGGAGUUACAGGAAGCCUAGCUAUGGCCGUCGCAAUGAUGAUGAUGAUGAUGAUGGGGAGCGUAGGAACCGUUCUGGUGAUGAUGAGGAAGGGAGCUAUGGCCGCAAGAAAUAUGGUGGAAAUAACUCUGAUGAUGAUGAUGAGGAGAAGAAACAGCAUCGUUACCAGCAUCACCACCACCAGAGGCGUCGUGAUGAAGACGAUGACUAAAACACUCUCCCAUGCUGGAGAGUCUUGUCCUGCUUAGCUUUAUCUUACUAAAUAAAAAAAGCUAAGGCAUUUAUCUUUGGAUGUUGCUGUUGUGUGUGUUUGAUUCUCUUUAGAUACAGCAGAGCCUGUGUCUGACUUUGUUUCUGGUUUAUAAUAAGAUCUUGAACUGGUAUCGGGUCAUCAUCAUCAUGUAAACUGUUGGUACUCUGUGUUUCGUUUUUAUGUUAUGGAACUUUCCUCUUUUAGAGUUUAA